GAUCAGACUGAACAAGACACCGUAGUAGAAGAAUACAUCAGGUUUUUUCCUUCUUCUAAAAUGCUGCUGCUGCUCACAGCAUUAGGCCAGGCUUCUAUUUUCUGCUGCAUGCGGUGACGAGAUCAGACUGUAGAAGAAUACAUCAGUUACUUGUAGCAUUACAAGACAAGGGGGGUGGGUGGUUGCACUCACAGCGUCAGGUGCUGCUGCUCCACUAGACACAAACCACUCUCUGGCUUGCGCUGCUAGACUGCCACAUUCCAGCAUUUACUUGUGGCGACUGCCUUGAGUGGGAUCUGGGAAGGAUGGAUGCAUCAGCUGCAGCGAGAAAUCAGUUCAGAGUUUAGCUGAUAGCCAAGAAAGCUGGUGUUCAAGCAGUUGGGCUGUGCUGCAGAGAAGAAGGCAAGCCGGACAAUCUCUCAUUUCCAGGGCAUGCAUCUUCACGCACGGGAGAAAACUGGGAACAGUUGAAGGCGAGCAAUUGCCAACAGGGACCAAGACAAUUAGAGCCAGUCAAAAGAAUUAUUAGAAAGUUUGUGUGGAAGAAAAGUAUGACCAGAACUCAGGAAGAGCAGAAAGAGUAGGAAUACCAGUAUAAUUUACGAUCACUACAUUAUCUAUCGGAAGAACAAUAUACUCACGGGCUGCAGAAGAGGUACAAGCAAAAAUAAAUUGUAGACAGUGCCAAGUGUUAAGGGCAAAUGAGGACUUGAUAUUGAAAAAAAUCAUGUACUGGACUCGAUAUUGAAAAAAUCAUGAAGGGCAACUUCAAUCUAACGAAUCAACAAAUGCUGGACUCGAUACUGAAAAGAUCGUGUACCUGCCUAUAUUGCCAAGCGUUAAGGGCAAAUUCAAACUAUCAACCAGCACAAGUGACAGAAUCAUCAGUUAUAGACAGUGCAAUAAUGGCUGACCGGAUGAUGAAACAAAGACCACGGGAUGAAUUAACAAGAACAGCACGAAUGAAGAGGAAAGCACAAAUUCAACUCAAGAAGAGCAGCAAACGUGCUAGAACCAAUAACAGUGAAAUAGGCAAGGAUGAUAAUUCCAAUGCCAUUAAGAUAUGGAACUUUGGGGGACCAACAUACAUCUGCGAACACUGCCAUGCACUUAUGUGGCAUGAAGAAAGACUACAAUCUUAUGGAUGUAGAAAGCCAACCUUUGGGAUAUGCUGCAAACGAGGACAGGUUAUCUUGCCACCAUUGAAAGAACCGCCACCAUACCUUACGAGUUUGUUGACAAGAGAUGGAGGAAAAAGAUCAGCAAACUACCGAAAAAACAUUAGGUCUUACAACUCCAUGUUUGCAUUCACAUCAAUGGGGGGAACUCUAGAUAAGCAAAUAAAUAAAGAGCGUGGACCUUAUGUUUUCCGACUGAAUGGCCAGAACCGCCACCAGAUAGGCACCCUGCUACCUCAAGAAGGAAAUAAACCUCGUUUCCAGCAGUUGUAUAUCUAUGACACGAAUAAUGAGAUCCAGAACAGGGUAGAAGCAUCAAGAUCUGGUGAACGUGAUGCCUCACUAGAUGAAACAAUUGUCAGUGGCCUACAGAGCAUGCUCGACGAGAAUAACACACUAGCACAAUCAUUCCGAAUGGCAAGAGAUAGAUUUAAAGAAGAUGACUACAACAACUUCACUCUACCUUUACUUGGCAACAGGGAUCAAGAUGGGAGACAAGAUAACAUGCCAUCAACAUCGGAAGUUGCUGCACUGAUAGUCAAAGAUCCAACCCAAAAACAUUAUGGGUGUGACAUUGUUCUCGAGUACAAAGAUACGAAACCUAAAAGGAUUUCAGAAAUCCAUCCAAAAUUCAUGGCCAUGCAAUACCCGUUGCUCUUCCCAUAUGGAGAAGAUGGUUAUAGACUUGGAAUCAAAUACAACAAAAAGAAAGGUGUGAGUAACAAGAAAUAUAUCACCAUGCUGGAAUACUAUGCAUAUUGUUGGAUAAUGAGCAACUAACUUUACUGAGGGCCAAAGGCCAAUACAUAUACAUGUGUGGUAAACUGCAGGAAACCCC